AUGGUGGGAUCAGGUUCUUCAGGUGGAGAUCUACGAACUCCACAGUUUGAUGGUGCAAACUAUGAUUUUUGGGCUGUCAAAAUGGAGACCAUCCUCAUAGCACAUGAUCUAUGGGAUGUAGUUGAGGUCGGAGUACAACCUCAGCCAGUUAUUGAGGAGGAAGAAGACUCUGGAGGUGAAGGAAGUGAAGCUGAGCAAAUUCCAGCGGAAGCACCUACUAUCUCCAGAGAAGACAGAAUCAAAAAUGCCAAGGCACUGAGUCUCAUUCAAGGAGCCUUAACUGAUGAGCUCUUCCCUCGCAUCAGAAAUGAAAAGACUGCAAAAGGAGCUUGGGAUGUCUUGAGGAGAGAGUACAGAGGAGAUAAAAAGGUAAGAGCUGUAAAACUUCAAGCUGUUAGAGCAGAUUUUGAGUAUAUGAGAAUGACAGAUGGUGAAAGCCUAGAUAGCUAUUUGUCUAAGUUUUUUGGAACUGUGAAUAAUUUGAAAUCACUUGGUGAAGAUGUGUCUGAAACAAGAAUUGUGCAAAAACUCUUGAUGAGCCUAGGUAGAAAAUAUAAGUCCAUUGUGUCUAUCAUUGAAGAAACUCGAGAUCUUGAUGUUCUUAGAGUUGAAGAAGUUAUUGCAUCUGUCAAGGUUUAUGAUAAAAGGGAAGACUUGCAUGAUGAAAGAGAUAAAGUGGCUGGAACUGAGAGAGCUUUUAGUAGCCUCAAGGUUGGAAAUAACCAAGUUCAUGGCUCUAAUAAGGGCUCACAGAGUAGACCAAAUCAAAAGUGGCAGGGACAAGACAAAAAGGGACCAAAUUGGUCUCAAAAUAACAAUGGCUCAAGCUGGAAUAACAAUGCUGGAGGAAAUUGGAACAAUAGUUUCAAUUCUCAGAACAAGCAAGGUAGCAGCAGUCAAGGAAGUGUGAAACCACAAUGCCAAGUCUGUCAAAAGUAUCAUUUUGGUGUGUGCAGGCACAAAGGCAAACCUAGAUGUGGAAAAUGUAAUAGGUUUGGUCAUACUGCAAAAGACUGUGAAGGCAACAAGCAGGUGGCUAACUGUGCAAAGGAGGAAGAGGUAAUCACAGGCACCAUGUUCUAUGCUUGCCACUCUGCAAGUGUGAAAAAUGGAAGUGUAUGGUUUGUGGACAGCGCCUGCAGCAACCACAUGACUUCUCAAAAGUCUGUGUUAAUAAACAUUGACAGGACUGUGACUUGCAAAGUUAAAAUGGGCACUGGAGAUCUUGUACAAGCAACUGGAAAAGGCACUCUAGUAGUUGAAACUCAACAUGGGAGAAGGUAUAUACAUGAAGUGUUGCUUGUUCCGGGCUUGGAUGAGAAUCUAUUGAGUGUAGGCCAAAUGAUGGAGCAUGGUUACUAUGUCCUAUUUGGGGGUAACAUGGCAGUUAUUUUUGAUGAUGGCAGCCUCAACAAUGUUGUAGCUAAAGUGGUCAUGGGAGGAAAUAGAUGCUUCCCUCUCUCACUAGAAUCUAUGACACCUGCAACUAGAAAAGCAUCAGUGACUGAAGAUUCUUGGAUCUGGCAUAGGAGACUUGGACAUUUGAAUUUUGUUAGCAUGAAAAAAAUGCAGCAGAUGGAAAUGGUGGCUGGACUACCUGUGUUAACCGAAAUGAAGGAUGUGUGUGAAGGUUGUGUUUCAAGAAAACAUCACAGAGAGAAGUUUGACAAAGAGGGAGCAUGGAGAGCAAGCUGUCCACUAGAAUUAGUGCACACAGACUUGUGUGGGCCAAUGCAAAAUGAGUCAAUUGGUGGAAAUAGGUACUUCAUCAUAUUCAUUGAUGAUUUUUCAAGAAUGUGCUGGGUAUACUUUCUCAGAAACAAAUCUGAUACCUUUAAUGUGUUCAAGAAAUUCAAAGCCUUUGUUGAAUUGCAAAGUGGAUUUAGUUUGAAAAAACUAAGGAGUGAUAGAGGUGGUGAAUAUACCUCACAUGAGUUUCAAGAAUUCUGUGCAAGCAUGGGAAUGGAGAGGCAAUUAACCAUUGCCUACUCUCCUCAGCAAAAUGGAGUUGCUGAGAGGAGAAAUAGAACAAUAUGUGAGAUGGCAAGAUCCAUGAUGACAGAGAAAGGAAUCCCUGUGAUUUUUUGGGCAGAAGCUGUAAGUACAGCUGUGUAUCUCCAAAACAGAUGUUUUACAACAUCUGUGCUGAGCAAAACACCAUUUGAAGCAUUCACAGGAAGAAAGCCAGGAAUCAAGCAUCUGAAAGUGUUUGGUUGUAUCUGUUAUACUCAUGUUCCAUCACCCUUGAGGCAGAAGUUUGAUGACAAGGCUAGAAAGGGAGUUUUUAUUGGAUAUGGAAGCUGUGAAAAGGGUUACAGAGUGUAUGACCUGCAAUCUAAGAAAAUUGUGCUCUCAAGGAGUGUAAUUUUCAAUGAGGACAAGGCAUGGAAUUGGAAGAGUGAUCAAGAGGAAUAUGUUCCAAUACCAUUCAACCUUGGAGGAAAUGAAACAGAAACUGAAUUUGGUGAAGAACAAACUGAAACAACUCAGUUUGAUAAUGGUGGCAGCUCUCACUCAAACACAACUGUUGGUGUUUCAGUAGGAAAUAACAGUCAAGCUUCUACACCUAGCUCUACUCCAGUGAAGUUGAGAACUUUGGAAGUCAUAUAUGCAAGAUGCCACAUGUGUAUCAUUGAACCAGAGAACUAUCAAGAAGCAGCUGGUGAUUUAGCUUGGCAAGAAGCUAUGAAUGCUGAGUUGGAAAUGAUAGAGAAGAAUAAUACCUGGGAAUUGGUUGAGAGACCAGCAGAUAAACUUGUUAUAGGUGUGAAGCGGGUGUUUAAAACCAAGCUUAAUUUGGAUGGAAUAGUUCAAAAACAUAAGGCCAGACUUGUAGCAAAAGGGUAUGCACAGAAACCUGGAAUUGACUACAAUGAAACCUUUGCACCAGUUGCAAGGUUAGACACAAUUCGAACUCUCAUUGCUCUUGCAGCACAAAAAGGAUGGAAGUUGUUUCAGUUAGAUGUCAAGUCAGCAUUCCUAAAUGGUGUGCUUGAUGAGGAAGUAUAUGUAGAGCAGCCUGAGGGUUUUGAACUGAAAAAUGCAAGUCACAAGGUUUACAAGCUGAAAAAAGCCUUGUAA